AUGAUAUGGAUGUUAGCCUUGGCAAUCGCUUGGUCUUUGCAGACCGUCUCAUCAGCUUCUUCUUCAUUUGAUGCGUUGGUUGUACACAGACCACACGUGGAUAUUAUUGCUGAACAAGAUGGGAACCUAACUCUUAAGUCUGGCUACAAUGGUGAUAUCAGAAUUGUACCAGGGGCCAAUGAAACCGGAAGUGUAUAUUUUGAUGGAGAGGACCUUCUCCAUAUCAUUCAGAUCAUUGUAAGUCUACCACCGGUAUGGGAUGACCAUUCUCCUUUCGGCUAUGUAGGAGAAUUCCACAGUGGUGAGAGGGUGAAUAUUCAACUUAGGGCAAAGGAUCCAGAGGGAACAAAGAUAACAUAUCAGCUGAUAGGUGGGGAGCUACCACCCGGAAUCAAACUGGACAAAGUGAGGGGCACCCUUAAGGGACUGGCCCCAAAUACAGAGGAUCUCUUCACCUUCACCAUCAGAGCAUAUGAUGAACACGGAAAACAUGCCGACAACGUUUUUAAAAUGUUAAUUCGAGGGGCCAACAAAUGUGACUCCAAUCCCUGUGUUCAUGAAGGACGUUGUGAGGAGGUUAACGGAAGUUACGUAUGUCGUUGUCCACAUCCUUACGGCGGAAGGACUUGUAAUUUGGAUUGUAGAAGUAACAGUCUUGGAGUCCGACAGAGUAAACGCUGGAUUCCGGACGCCCAGAUGACGGCUUACAAAUCGCAGGGUAACGAUUUCGCCUAUCAUGGCAGACAGGAUUAUGGCGGGUACUGGAGAGGGAAAGAUGCUACCUCCUGGCUGCAGGUCGACUUAGGAAAUGUUACUCGUGUAUACGCCACGGUUAUGCAGUAUUAUGGAAGCCGCCAGUACACACGUUCCUAUAGUCUUCAGUAUAGCACAGAUGGGAACAACUUUCAUAACUACACUGUGGGAGGCCACUUAUCGACAUUUUCGGCUGGUGCCAGCACCUACACUCGGCCACUCCCAGAGCCCGUGGACGCCCGGUUUAUCCGUUUCAUUCCCCAUGGAUGGUAUUCGUCAUAUGGACCGUAUAUGAGAGUGGACGUUCUGGGUUGUCAUUAUUACAAUCUUUAAUAAAAGACAAUACAAACUUUUGUUUUUUUUAAUGGACAUUGACUGAUUUUCUCGCUUCUAUAUGCAAAGUAUUUGCUUUUUGGGGUGUUGUCCAUAUUCUCUCCCAAAUUAAGU